UCGUUCAACUGUUCAAGCUUCUGCUUUUUCUCUAGCGUCUCUCUCUCUCUGUAACCCAGUAAAGCAAGUCAUCAUCACUGAUCAGUCACGGCAGAGAGAGAUAAAGCUUUCAGCUUUUUUAUUUUUUUAGAAAAAAAAUUAAUUUUUUUCUGUGUAAUAUCAUAGAGAGAGAAAGAUAAACAGCUUUUAUUGUUGUACAGAGAGAGAUAAACGAAAGAGAAAGGUUCUACCCUAGAAAUAUGCAUUGUGAUAAGGACUUGUGUCAAAGAGAUUUUUUUUUUAUUUUUUCGUAGAAGUAAAUAAUUACUUCAAUUCAACCUCAUGCCCCCACACACGCUCUUUCUCUGUACCUUUCUCAGUUUUUGCCUUAAUUCCCAUUUCCCAACAGAGCUGUUCGACCUUUAUUUCUCUCUUCACGUCUUAUUUCAAGUUUCCCCAGUUGUCUUCCAGUCUCUCCCUUCUUGAUUUAUAGUGUGUGGGGGAGAGUUUUGAAAAAUGUUCGAGUUUUAACACCCUUGUUACUGAGAGUUAUUACUUUUACCUUUCUCUCUCCAAGCUUGUUACGUUGAGAGAGAGAGAGAGAGAGAGAGGUGUAAUUCAACUCUGAAGUCGUGUGGCGUGCUUUGAGAACUGGGCUUGAGUUUUUAGCUGGCAUUGACUCAAACUUGUGGUUUGAAUUUGUGGUGGUCUUCAAGGUUUGGCGUUGGCUUGGAAGAUGCUUGGUGUUUAAGGUUUAUGAGUGAUCGGUUGGUGAGAUUAAGGACCUGUUUCAGUUCUUUAUCUUCAAUAUCAAGCCUUACUUGUUCUUUCUUGUGAUUUUAGUUUGAUCUCGGGAUCCUCACGUACGACUUUGAAUGUGCUUUUAUGGUCCUUCUUGUGCUCCAUUCGUGAAACAAUGCGUCUAUUGGAGCUUUGCUUAGCUUCUUCGAGCAAAUAUUUUCAUGUUCACAAUGCGACUCCAUUUUAAAGUGCUUUUAUUUGUUUUAUGUACCUUUCCAUAUUCGUUCGAGAUUUAGAGACAAUAUCCUGUGGAGAAGGAUCCUUCGUUACUGCUUGCAGAGUGCAUUUCGUCAAAGUUUGCCCUUGGACUGAACUGUAAAGAAGAUAAGAGGCAUCUAAAUAUUGUAAUUAAUUGAAAACUGGGUCCAGAUUUGAUCAAUAGUUAAGACGGACUGUUGAGUAUAGUAAAUGCAUGGAUCGAAGGGAUGCUAUGGCGAUAUCUGGCUCUGCUUCCUUCUAUAUGCAGAGAGGGAUGGUUGGGUCUGGGUCUGGAACACAGUCUGGUUUAAAUGUAUCAUCAGGCAUCAAUCCUUUAACUAGUUCAACUGUAUCAUUUCAAUCUAAUGUUGGAGCCAAUACAAUUGGAUCUACAUUGCCUAUAGAAACUUCAACAACAAUUCCACAGCACGGUGUUAAUGUGGGUGCACCAUCUGCGAUGCCACCAUCUGGUGAGCCUGUGAAAAGGAAAAGGGGAAGGCCCCGGAAAUAUGGGCCAGAUGGGACCGUCUCACUGGCAUUAUCUUCUUCAUUGUCUACACAUCCUGGCACAAUAACCCCAACUCAGAAGCGGGGUAGAGGGCGGCCACCAGGGAGUGGGAGGAAGCAACAAUUAGCUUCCCUUGGUGAAUGGCUAUCUGGUUCAGCAGGGAUGGGCUUUACUCCACAUAUCAUCACCAUUGCAGUAGGAGAAGACAUCGCAACAAAAUUAAUGUCUUUCUCACAGCAAGGACCAAGAGCUAUAUGCAUUUUGUCAGCAAAUGGCGCUGUCUCUACAGUGACUCUCCGUCAGCCAUCAACUUCUGGAGGCGCUGUAACAUAUGAGGGGCGCUUCGAGAUUUUAUGUCUGUCAGGCUCUUACUUGGUCACUAACAAUGCUGGCUCCCGUAAUCGAACUGGUGGGCUGAGUGUCUCUCUUGCUAGUCCUGAUGGCCGGGUUAUUGGUGGAGGAGUUGGGGGGAUGCUUAUUGCUGCAAGCCCUGUACAGGUGAUUGUGGGAAGUUUCUUAUGGGGGGGUGGUUCAAAGACAAAGAACAAGAAAGGGGAAGGCCCAGAAGGUGCCAGAGAGUUGGACCAUCAGACGGUUGAGAAUCCAGUAACUCCAUCUAGUGUUCCACCCAGUCAGAAUCUUACUCCAACCUCGUCAGUUGGUUUAUGGCCUGGUUCACAGCCUGUGGAUAUGCGCAACACACACGUCGACAUUGAUUUGAUGCGUGGUUGAUAAUUUCUGUUGAUUGUUUCAUGGGCAAUGUAUAUAUUUCGCUGUUUUCAGCACCACUUAAAUCUCAUCUCCUGAAGUCCAGUGAUGAGGAUUGAAGUCGGCUGAUUCUGGGCGUGAAUUUCUCACUUCAUUUAACCUUGACAGACUAUGGGUUGUACUCAUUUUGCAGCUUAAUGACAAUUAGUUUGGAAUUUUAGUGCCUGUGAAUUUAACUCAUCAAUUUUUCAGAGGAUGUUCAAUGACAAUUUCUUUAUCUUUGGCGGCCAGCCAUGGUAA